AUGCUACAGACUACAUUAGUGAUGAGAGGAUUCCUCGCACGUAUCCGCAACGAAUACGUGCGAGGAAGCCUAGGGGUGCGGGAUGUAGCGGAUAAGUUGCAGGAGAGCCGAUUACGGUGGUAUGGCCACGUAAAGAGAAGACCACCAGACUACGUGGGAAAUUUGGCGCUGCAACUUUCUGUCCCCGGUCGAAGAUCACGAGGCCGCCCUAAGACCAGAUGGCGGGACGUGGUGUCAAAAGAUAUGAAGGAGUGCCAGGUGUCCGAGAACGAUGUCGUGUCGAUAGAGCGAAGUGGAGAAGAAAAAUUAGGAAAGCUGACCCCACCACCAUCACGGGACUCGAGGCCGGUGCAGCGGCAGAUAGCGCAGCGCCGAGCAGAGCUCCGUCAGGUCUUGGUGGCGGAAUGGCGGCAGAGGCUUCUGCGCCCUACCGCCGGCCUCGCCACCGUCGAGGCGAUCCGGCCAGUGCUCGACGACUGGCUCGGGAGAAGGCACGGCUCCCUGUCGUUCAGGGUGACGCAGGUGCUGUCGGGGCACGGCUGCUUCGGCAAGUACCUGUGUCGCAUAGGCAGGGAGCCGGACGCUCGGUGCCACCACUGCGUCCAUGGCGGGGAGGACACGGCGCAACACACGUUCGUUCAGUGUGUUGCUUGGGAGGAGCAGCGCCGUGUCCUCACAAAUGAAGUAGGAGGCGAUCUGUCGCUGCCGGCCGUGGUACGGAAGAUGGUCGGCAGCGCAGAGUCGUGGGACGCAGUGGUGUCCUUCUGCGAGGACGUGAUGUCGCAGAAGGAAGCUGCGGAACGGGAGAGGGAGAUUUCAACUGCCGAUCCCGCCCGCAGCAGGCGCUCCGGGCGCCGGAGGAGGGCAGACAACGCCCUCUUCCGCCCCCCAUGAACGGGUCCAGGGGCGAAGGACUUGGGGAAGUCCCCGCCCCCUAUUCAACGGACCCGAGGCGGAGGCGCGCGCGGGUGUCGACGCGCGCCUCUGAGGCGUUGCACGGGGGAGUUUAACACCUCACCCCCCCGUGCCCGAGGCGAGGCCCGCAAGGCGGGCCAGCACCAGUGCGGGGCUGCGGAAGAAUUUGGAUUCCCGCGGCCCCGCGCCCACGUGUAAGGAGGACACAGGGGGGUUUUAGCCGGUAAGAGUCCGGCACACCCCUCCGCCUCUCCCCAGGCGGAGGAAGUCCAUGAGGAUUUCCCCCCGAGAAAA